AUGAAUAUUGUGGCUCCAAACUUGCUUAGUUUUAUGAUAUACGCUUCUGAUGCUCACAAGGUUUGGGAGGAUCUUCAUGAGAGGUUUGACAAAGUCAAUGCAUCUAGAUCCUUCUACUUACACAAGGAAAUUGGGAAGCUAACACAAGAAUCUAAGCAAAAUGCAGAACAUUAUCAGCUUCGGAAGUUGUAUCAGUUUCUUACUAGGCUAAAUGAUACUUUUGACAAUGCCAAGGAUCAGAUCCUCAUGACUAGACCAGUACCUAACAUAAACCAGGCAUAUGCAAUGAUCAUUAAUGUGGAAAGACAUAGAAGAAACAAUUCUACUGUUGGUGUUGGUGAUCCUACAACUCUACUGAGUUAUAGAGUCCUUACAGGUGGUUACAACCGUGGCUAUAAGCCCAGAAAUAACUUUGGAAAGUCAUCUCUUCAGUGUGACUUCGCCAUCUUAAAGGUCAAACUAGAGACAAUUGUUAUAAACGUCAUGGUUACCCCACUGAUUUCAGAGGUAGGAAAGGAGGGGGGAGGUCCUCCUGAUUCCAAAGGUGCAUAUGCACACACUGCCAGCAUAGCACCUGCUUCAUGUACACAACAAGGAGGUGUUGGUAAUGUGGUUUCAUCAUAUAGUUCAGCAACUGAUAGCUCUUCAGCAACAGCAGGUGUCUCUUCAGCACCCUUCUUUACUCAAGAUCAAUACAAUCAGAUCCUGCACAUGUUGAACAAAGGAAAACAGGUUGAUACCGUGGCUAAUUCUGCAACAGUGAAUACUACAGGUACUAUAACAGCUCUCAUGUCUCAUCUAGUGAGCAAUAAUUGGAUUAUAGAUACAGGUGCUACCAAUCAUAUGGAUCACAACCUCAAUCAACUGAGCAAUAUUAGAAAGCUAUUAGAUAGUGAUCAGAACUCGAUUCAACUUCCCAAUGGUGAAAAGGUUAUUAUCAGUGACACUGGUGAUCUAUCAUUGUUUAAGGAUAAAUCAGUACAUCAUGAGCUCUUCACUGGGAAGGUGAUGGGGAUUAGCAAAGAGGAACAUGGUCUUUACAUUCUGAAGCACAAAGAACAAGAUAUUCCCAAGCAGCUUAAUGCAUGUUCUAUUAAUGCAUUUGAUCUCAUACAUGCUGAUGUUUGGGGGCCAUACAGAGUACCUACUCAUAAUGGUAGGAGUCAAAAAUCAGUUUUACUGCAGUGUCAAGUGUCUAAGGUUAACAAUGGUACUGAAUUCUUUAACAAUCAAGUCACAGGACUUCUACAAGAACAUGGAAUAGUUCAUCAAAGUACUUGUGUAUACACUCCUCAACAGAAUGGCAGAGUUGAAAGAAGACAUAGAUUUAUUCUUGAUAUGGCCAGGGCUUUAAGGUUGCCUACUAUUGUACUGAAUGGUGUAUCUCCUUUUGAAAGGCUGUUUCAUAAGUCCCCUUCUUUAAACCAUCUCAGAGUCUUUGGGAGUCUGUGUUAUUCAACUAACCUGAAGAAAACAUAUAAUUUCUGCCGUAGAGCUAUCCCUGCUGUUCAUCUAUGUUAUUCAUCUAUUCAGAAGGGUUAUGUUCUAUAUGACCUGAGCUCACCUCUUCUUAUCAGAAAUGUUGAGUGUCCUGCUUUGCAUUCUUCUGACUCCUUCAAUCCAUCUGCUUCUCCAUGUCCUUCUAUGCCUCCCUUGAAUAACCAACCUAGUCUAUUCUUCCCUUCUCCACCUCCUACUGAUAAUUUUUCCUCAUCUUCUCUUCUUUUAUCUGCUCCUGCUGAUUUAAGGAGAUCUUCUAGAGUGACUAAACCUCCUAUAUGGAUGGAAGACUAUAUUGUGCUGUCAAAGUCUUCUUCCUCUGCUCACCCUAUCUCACAGUGUGUAACCCAUUCACCUACCUGCAAGGCAUCACUUGCAGCCUAUUCAGCCAUUACUGUGUCAAGGUCUUAUGAUGAGGCCAAGGCACAUCCCAAGUGGAUUGAGGCUAUGAGAGCUGAGAUUUCAGCCUUAGAAGCUAAUCGGACUUAG